CAGCGCGGCGAUCGGCGGUGCACUGUGUCCCUUGGACACAGCGGAUCACCGGUCCACAGAAAGAGCCGAAAAUGUAAGCUCAGUCAUGUGAUCAGCUGUAUCCAAUCACAGCUGAUCACUGAUCAUCAGAGCACUGAUGAUCAGUGUGCCCUGAUGAUCUGUGUAGCCCCAGCAGUGCCACCUGUCAGUGUCCAUCAGUGCCAGCUCUCAGUGCUCAUCCAUGCCUCCUGCCAGUGCCCAUCAGUGCCACAUUUCCAUGCCCAUCAAUGCCACAUAUCAGUGCCCAUCUGAGCUGCCUUUCAGUGUCACCCAUCAGUGCCAGUCAGUGCUGCCUAUCAGUGCCGCCUAACUGUGCCAGUCAGUGCCGCCUAUCAGUGUGCAUCAGUGCCACCUAUCAGUGCCCGUCAGUGCCAUAUAUCAGUGCCAUAUAUGAGUGCUGCCUAUCA